UUCAGUACGAAACAGUCUAAUCAUCAACAAAUCAACAUGAGCGGACGCGGUAAAGCAGGAAAAGCUAAGGGAGGCAAAUCCAAGACCAGGUCGUCCCGUGCCGGACUCCAGUUCCCGGUCGGUCGUAUCCAUCGUCUGUUGAGAAAAGGAAACUACGCCGAACGUGUCGGAGCCGGAGCACCKGUAUACCUGGCCGCCGUCAUGGAAUACUUGGCAGCCGAAGUCUUAGAGUUGGCCGGUAACGCCGCCCGUGACAACAAGAARUCCCGUAUCAUCCCCAGACAUUUGCAAUUGGCCAUCAGAAACGACGAGGAGUUGAACAAAUUGUUGUCCGGUGUGACGAUCGCUCAAGGCGGUGUGUUGCCCAACAUUCAAGCCGUUCUCUUACCCAAAAAGACCGAGAAGAAAGCUUAGUUAGUUCCGCCGUUACUUGUAAAAAUGAUUAUGAUUUUAAUAAAAAGUCCCUUUUCAGGGCCACCAACA